GCUAAGGGCAAAAACAAAAGAAAAAAACAAGAUUAGUGUAGGGAACGGGGUGAUGACAAAGAGCAGGAAAAUGUGAUGGUGUGAGACGUGCUGGAAACUUUCAUCAGAGGAUUUGAAAAGCUGAGGAGGAAGGGAGGAAGCAUAUAAAAGAUAACCACACCAAGUCCCUGUCAGUGUUCACUCAUUCAUCUGGCACCACAGGAGAGAAAUGAUGGCCCCACCCUGGACUCCUCAUGUGCUCAUGCUUCUCUGUUUCCUCUCUUCUGCUGUCUGGGCGUGUCCGGAGAGAUGCAUUUGUCAAGGGACAAGAGUCCUCUGCAGCGGCCUCUCAGACUUCCCUGAAUCUAUGCCCUCAUCAACCACUAGCCUGUACUUCUCCAACUGCAGCAUAUCUUCCCUGAAACCAGAGGAUCUGAAUGAUUUUGUUAAUGCCCUUGGCAUUUUUGUCAUUAAAGACAGCACUCUGAAGGAAGUUCGUCCUGGAACUCUUGACUCCACUGUAAACAUAGGAGCUUUAGGGUUUACUGGUACAGAGCUGCAAGAUCUCCCUGAUGCCUUGUUCCAAAAUCUUCAGAAGCUCGAAUCUCUCAAUCUUAAAAGUAACAAACUUCUGGUCCUUCGCCCAAAUUGGUUUUCAGCCCUGACAGGUCUGAAACUCCUCGACCUCAGUAAGAACCUCUUCACUUCUGUACCUGUGGAAUCUUUCCAGCCUCUUACUGAGCUGCAGUACCUUCAACUCUCUGGAAACAGUAUCAGCCAACUAUCCAGAGAGACAUUCAAAGGUCUUUCAAAACUGAAAACAUUGCGCCUGAAUAAAAACUCCUUACAGGAACUCCCCAUUGGCAGCUUGGAUGACCUUGGAAACCUGGAGGAGCUAUCACUUCAUGACAAUCAAAUCACUCAUCUCCACCCUGAUAUUUUCUCAAAGACUCUGAGAUUGCAGAAGCUCUUCCUCUCAAACAACAGGCUCACAUUUAUUCCACAAGGAGUCUUCUUAAACCUGCCCAGGCUCAGCCAGAUCUCCCUGUAUGAGAACCAGCUGGAGAGAUUGACUCCAGGGGUGUUUGGGCCCAUGCCUCUGCGGGAGUUGUGGCUGUAUGACAACAACCUGAGUCGCAUAGAGGAUGACACAUUCAGGAACCUGACUGAACUACGUCUCCUGGUGCUCAGUCGUAAUCAGAUUAACUAUGUAUCCACUGGGGCCUUCAGAGGGUUGGAACAGCUGGGGGAGGUUUCCCUUCACACCAAUUUGCUCAAAAACCUUCAAGCGGGUACUUUCCAAGGUCUGCCCAAUCUGGUCAACAUUUCCUUAGAGCACAACUUCAUCAGCUCCCUACCUUUAGGCUUCCUCCAGGGCCUGAGCCACCUAGGACAGAUAGACCUGAAAAAUAACUCCCUUCCCAACCUGUCACAGGAGAGUCUGGAUGACCUGAAUGUCGCACAGGAAGUGCUCCUGCAGCAGAACCCAUGGAGGUGUGACAAGGAUAUUCUUCCACUCAGGAACUGGCUGAGACAGAAUCCAUCAAAGACCAACCAGUCUCUGGUCGUCUGUGAAACCCCUUUCAGUCUUAAUGGUGAGGUAGUCGCUCUGCUGGCUGAUGAGAACUUGAUAUCUCACAGCACAACUCAGGAGCCAGUGCUGACAUCGACUGAGAAGAAAAGGCAGCCCCACACCCCUCCAGCUAGACGCAGCACUGCCUUACCUGCUGCAAAAACCACCCCCACAUCAGAAUACGAGCAGGUGACCAGUGCAGGAGGAGGACAGGGUGACAAGGGAACAAUCUCUAACGACACAUCGAUCAUCCUCAUCAUCAUCGCAGUGGUGUCCACUGUCAUCAUCAGCACAGUCAUCAUUUGCUGUUUGUGCUGGAAGAGGAAUAGGAAAGGCAGGAGAGAUUUAAACCGCAGGAAUAAAAACUCUGUACUUUAGACUCGACCACCCAACACCAGCAGCCCAUGAACUUUUGAGGCAAACAGGAGCUGCUCACUGAUGACUGUGGUUGACUGGGCAAAUGUGGACCUUUGAGUUGAUUAUAGGAUCACAAAUGCAGUGGGUAUAACUGCUUCAGCUUCAUUCAGACCUACCUGCUAGACAAGUCAAGUACAGCUUUGAAAUCAUUAGUUUUUGGUUUGUACUGAACACAUAUACCAGCCAGUAUUUUUUCAUGAGUGCCGUAGAAACAGAAUGGAUAUCAGAUGUACUAGAUGUAAAAAUGAAAAACAAAACAAACAAAAAAAAAACUUUGGGCAACAUGGUCAUGACAGUGAAUGUAACCUCUCUGAAACAGAGCUCCCUUCUUACAGAAAUUAAGUCUGCAUUUAGUGGUUUCAUGGAUCUUUUUUUUUUUUCAUUUUUCUGUGACAAUUACUGCAGUUUGACUGUGGCUUUUCUUGCUAACAAUAGGAGACUUUUUAACUUGUUGCAAACUUUCUCAAAUGCAAAAUUAACCUGUCAUUUUGACUCUACUGGAAUAAAAAUCAUUUUUUGGUUUG